UUUCCCGCAGGAAGUGAUCGCAGCGCGCCUUGUGGCGAAGGGGCUCCGCUCGGGGAGUCACGCUUCCGCAGGGAGCAGCCCGGGAGUCGCCGGGCGCUCCGGGAGGAAACUAUGACUUUGGCGAAGCGCGAGAGCCGCCCAGGGCAGCCGGGCUCGGGGUGCGGGCUGCGCGGCCGCGGCGGCGCCGGGCGUUAGGGGGGGAGCCCGGCGCCCCGCCGCCCGCCCCCCGGACCCGCCGCCCCGCGGGCCCCGAGCCGUCUGGGCGCCGAGUCUGCCCGGGCCGCGGAGCCCGCCCCCGCAGCGCCGGGGAUGCGGGAGCCCGCGGGGGGCAUGCUUCCCCGCGCCAAGUACAGCCGCUUCAGGAACGACUCGGUGGCCUCGGCCGAUGACCUUCUGCACAGCCUGGCGGCCAGCGGCGGCGGCAAGGUCCCGGCGGCGGCGCCCCGCCCGGCGCCCGGAGGCGAUGGCGCGGGCAGCCUGGGCCACCUGCUCCACAGGGUGUCCCACCUGAGACUGGCCGGCUCGGGCCUGCGCGGCCGGGGGGCGGCCGGGGGCCGGGGCGCGCGGCUCUCGGGCAGCAGCAGCGCGCCCAGCCUGGCCGCCCCGGACCCCGCGCCCCCCGCGCCCCGCGGCCCGGCCCCGCGCACCGCCGGGAGGGGCCUGCCCGGGCACCAGCCGCCCCGUGCGCCCCCCGCCCGCGACCAGGUGCUGGGCGCCGGAGUCACCUACGCCGCCAAGUACUUGGGGUGCAUUGAAGUUCUACGCUCAAUGAGGUCUCUUGACUUCAGUACAAGAACACAAAUUACCAGGGAAGCCAUCAGCCGCGUCUGCGAAGCCGUCCCCGGCGCCAAGGGAGCCUUCCGGAAGAGAAAGCCUCCGAGCAAAGCGCUGUCCAGCAUCCUGGGCAAGAGCAACCUGCAGUUCGCCGGGACGAGCAUCGCCCUCACCGUCUCCACCGCCAGCCUGAACCUGCGGACAGCGGACUCCAAGCAGAUUAUAGCGAAUCACCACAUGCAGUCCAUCUCCUUCGCCUCCGGGGGCGACCCGGACACAACGGACUACGUGGCGUACGUAGCCAAGGACCCCGUUAACCGCAGAGCAUGCCACAUCCUGGAGUGCCGUGACGGGCUGGCCCAGGACGUCAUCGGCGCCAUCGGGCAGGCCUUCGAGCUGCGCUUCAAGCAGUACCUGCGCUGCCCUGCCAAGGCCCCCGCUCUCCACGACCGAAUGCAGAGUCUGGAUGAGCCCUGGACGGAAGAGGAGGGCGACGGCUCAGACCCCCCGUACUACAACAGCGUCCCGAACAAGACACUCCCGCCGGGGGCGUUUGCAGAUGCACGCCUGCAGGCCGGGCCCCAUGGCCCCGACACAGCCCCGUUUUCAGGAAAAGAGCAAACUUAUUACCAGGGAAGACACUUAGGAGAGCCGUUUGGCGAAGACUGGCAGCAAACCCCUGCCAGGGCAGGGCCCGUGGACACGGCCAGCACGCCGGGAGGGACGGCGCCGGCGGCCCCCGCGGGAGCAGCCCCCACCUACGUGAACACCCAGCGGAGACCGCGGCGGGCCGGGCGGGGCGCGGGCGGCAGUGUGGAGAGCAGCCCGAGGAAGGACCUCUUCGACAUGAAACCUUUUGAAGAUGCUCUCAAGAACCAGCCCGCAGGGCCCGUGCUGAGCAAGGCAGCCUCCGUGGAGUGCAUCAGCCCCCUCUCACCCAGAGCCCCGGACGCCAGGAUGCUGGAGGAGCUGAAAGCCGAGCUGUGGUACCAAGGCCAGAUGAGCAGGAAGGAGGCGGAGGGGCUGCUGAAGAGAGAUGGAGACUUCCUGGUCAGGAAGAGCACCACCAACCCGGGCUCCUUUGUGCUCACCGGCAUGCACGACGGCCAGGCCAAGCACCUGCUGCUCGUGGACCCGGAAGGCACGAUCCGGACAAGGGACAGGAUCUUUGACAGCAUCAGCCAUCUCAUCAACCACCACCUGGUGAACAGGCUGCCCAUCGUCUCCGCCGGGAGCGAGCUCUGCCUCCAGCAGCCGGUGGAGAGGAACCCGUGAUCCACCAGCCGCCCUUCCUGACAGGCACCGUGGUGGGGGGCUCGGUUCCUCCCGGGAGACCGGGCCCGGCUGCAGGGACUGGGGUGCUGCCUCGGUCCGGAGCCCCAGGAGGAGCGCGUCUAAAGUGCAGGUUCUGUAAACUUGUCUUUCUCACCUGCAGAGUAGAGGUGUACAUACUAUACAUCCUGUACAAAUGACCCUCCAAAUUUCUAUUUUUUAAGACUAAGAAAGAGGUAAGACUAAUGUUCUGUGCUGUAUGUUUUUAAUGAAAUACGUUUGACUGUAGUUGUCUGGGCAAAAUUUAAUUCAACUGACCCAUUCUCCUGGGCAAGUCCACCGGGAAGUGCCACCGGAGUCUGCCCGUGAGCCCGCCUGGGAGCAGACGCCGCAGGAGAGCGGGGGCAUGCCCGCGCUGUAACAGAGUCAGGCAAGGUGCCCCCGGUGCACAGAGACGCGUGAGCGCUGGUUCCGGAGGCUCCUCCGGCUCCGCCGGCUCCGCCGGGCUGUGCUCACACCUGUGUGCCGGCCAGCACCUGCGCUCUUGUGCUGCCUGAGCAGGCGUCACUUGCGUUGUGUCGCCCACGCUG